AUGGAUAAGUUUAAAGCUGCACUCGUGCUGGCUGGGGUAGGGGAUGCUCUCGGUUAUCGCAAUUUCUCCCGAGAAAACAAUGCCUUAGGUGCAAAAAUCCAGCAGGAGCUGAAGGAAAUUGGAGGGCUUGAGAACCUGGUGCUCUCUUCCGACAAGUGGCCAGUAAGUGACAACACGCUCAUGCACAUGGCUACAGCUGAGGCUGUCAUCACAGAUUACUGGUGUUUAGAAGACCUGUACCGGGAGCUGGUAAAACGGUACGUGGAUGCUAUCGACAAGCUCUCGGGCAGGCGGCCAGACCCCGCCACCAUCGAAGGCUGUAGGGAAUUAAAACCAGACAACCACCUUCUCGCCUGGCACACACCGUUCAAUGAAAAGGGUUCUGGAUUUGGAGCAUCCACAAAAGCCAUGUGUUUAGGAAUGCGAUACUGGAAGCCAGAAAGACUGGAAUCACUUAUUGAAGUGAGCAUUGAAUGUGGGCGAAUGACUCAUAACCAUCCCACAGGUUUUCUAGGGUCCCUAUGCACAGCUCUCUUUGUGUCAUACGCAAUACAAGGGAAACCGCUUGUGCAGUGGGGAAGAGAGAUGAUGAAGGUUGUGCCGAUGGCUGAAGAAUACUGCAAGAAGACCAUUCGUCACAUGGCAGAAUAUCAGGAGCACUGGUUUUACUUCGAAGCCAAGUGGCAGUUUUAUUUGGAGGAGAGAGAAAUCAAUGAGGAAAAUAAGAAUCAACCUGUCUUUCCAGACAACUAUGACGCAGAGGAGAGAGAAAAGACGUACAGGCGGUGGAGCUCUGAAGGCCGGGGUGGAAGGCGAGGCCACGACGCCCCCAUGAUUGCAUACGACGCCCUGCUGGGCUGCGGCGGGGACUGGACAGAGCUCUGCAACCGCUCCAUGUUCCACGGAGGAGAAAGCGCGGCUACUGGGUCCAUCGCUGGCUGCCUGUAUGGCCUGGUUUAUGGCCUGAGCAAGGUUCCCAAAGGCUUGUACCAGGACAUGGAACAAAGGGAGAGGCUGGAGUACUUGGGCGAGAAUCUUUACCGACUAUCCAUGGAGGAAAAGUAA